AUGCUUGACAAUUUGAACGAAGAUACCACUGUUCUAGAUGGGCUUGGAAGCAGAUAUCCCAGGUUGACUAUCACGUUAUACCACAUCACAACGCUUGACAAUCUGAACAGUGAUAUAACUGUUCUAGGUCAAGUUGUUGAUGACUAUCAUGAUGAAGCCAGCGGAGAAAAUGUCUUCUAUUUUUGGCAUACCAUCGCCCAAGAAAAGAAAGAGGUCAAACUGUUGUGUACCACAGCACAGGAAGUUGGAUCCCAAUCGAAAAUGGUACAAGAAGAAAUUACCGAGAUCAUACGUGGGCGGAGGCCUAAUACCCAAUACUAUACACCAGAACGACAUAUUACACCGGAAGAUGAUGAGGAACAAGAAAAUUCAUUCUACAACACUUUCCCAAUACAUAUUUAUAAUCAAUCAGAACCGGAUCCUUUUGUAGCUGGCUUACAAGGAACUAAGCAUGGCCGUGACAUAGAAGAGGAGGAUGACGAAUUUAAUGCUGAUAUAACAAUUAUCAGUGGCAAAAGCACAGAUUGGAUCGUUAAUGGGAUCCAUAUAAGAGAAAGGCUGACACAAUACCAGCUUGAUAAAAAUCCAUCAAAAACGAAACCAGAGUAUUAUGAUGUUAUUUUCUUCAAUUCUAAUGACAAGGAUGGUUUCUUAGGGACAUUAGAUAAAAGUAUCAUUGUACAGAUGCGUAACGAUAUAAGGAAGAAAGAAGAAAAAACAAAAGAUAAUAUGGAGCAAGAGAUUAAAUUAUUUCUUGAUAGUAUUAUUGAUCGUGAUAUAAAAAAGACUAAGGAGAAACUUAAUCGACAGAAAGAAGAAACUAUUUCUUCAUUUGAAAAGAGCUUCGCGUUGCAUUUUGUGAGUCAAUUAAUGGAAGAUGUGAAUUUGUUUCUUGAUCCUAUGUCUGAGGGAACAUAUAUCGUUAAUGUUUUAGCACCCAUUCUCGGUUACUUCUUCAUUAAAAAUAAAAAAGAUUGGCUUGCAUCAUACGGAGAAACUUGCCUCAAGGCGAGUGCAAAAGAUGGUAAUUCUCAAAAAACAGAUGACGAACGCCGAUCUAGUGGAAAGAAAAUAGAUACUAUUAUUUCCAUGAGAGAAGAAGAUAAAGAAUUUUCUGUAACUGAAGUCAGUGGACCUCCGAUGAAAAAUGAUUGGGCACACUUUAAGGGUGAUCGGAUGAAGAUCACGAAGAUGUUAAAAACUUUAAUGAAUCAAUUUGCAGAGCUUAGUCCGAGUUCUGACAUUACUCUGGUCAGGUUAUAUGGAUUACAGUCAUAUUUAAAUGAGUUAACCAUUUACGAAUUUCAACUCAAAUAUACCGAGAUUUAUACUAUGGAAGCAACAUUAACAUUUUCCUUACCUAAGACAUGGACAGACAUGGCAAAGGCCCAUGAAACUGUAAUGGGCUUGUUGAAGUAUGAGGUUGGUAUAGAUAGAUUUCAGAAGAAACAAAAUACGGAAGACUCAAAUUAA